GUUUUUAGAUUUAAGUACUGUGUGAAGUGUAGUAUGAACGGUACAGUAAACGGUACGAAUGUUACGAAUGGUACAAAUAUAUUACCAGUAAUUGUUGUACAUGGAGGAGCUUGUAAUAUUCCCCAACACAAAAUAAAACCAUCGGAAGAAGGGGUCAAACAAGCGGCUAUUGUAGGGCAUAAGGUUCUUGCUGCAGGAGGAAACUGUGUGGACGCUGUGACUGCCGCAGUUGCUUGUUUAGAGGAUAACCCUUGGUUUGACGCAGGUCGUGGUUCAGACUUGAACGCGGAUGGCGAAGUUGAGAUGCACGCGAUGGUUAUGCGUGGGGACACCUGUGAUAUAGGAGGGGUGGUCAGCCUUAAACUUAUCAAGAACCCGAUUGAGGCGGCCAAGCUAGUCCUAUAUGAGAGCCAUCAUUGUCUCCUGGACGGCCCGGCGUCGCUAAAGAUGGCUCGGGAGCACAACCUAGCGGAAGAAUCCCCAGAGUAUUUUGUCACGGAAGAAUGCAGGGAAAAUUGGAAAAAUAAAUCAGCAUACAAAAAUGUCAUCAAGGAUUUCUUCAGCAGCGAAGACGGGCACGACACGGUUGGAGCAGUUGCGCUCGAUGUACAUGGCAACCUUGCAUGCGCCACUUCAACAGGGGGUAUCGCAUCACAACUACCAGGCAGGGUCUCCGAUUCCCCUUUAUCGGGCUGUGGGGGCUUCGCGGAUAACGAAUCCGCCGCUGUAUCAACGACCGGUCACGGGGAAUCUAUUAUGAAAGUAAAUCUCGCGCGAUUGAUUGCAAUGCAUGUUGAACACGGUCUUUCCCCGACCGCUGCGACAACCAAAGCUCUUAACCACAUGCGGCGCAGAGUGACUGGCAAUGGUGGCGCUAUAUCAGUGGACGCUAGAGGGCGUAUAGGAGUCCAGCACUCGACAAAUCAUAUGACAUGGGCGCGCAUUGGGGGGAUGCGCAACGACGACGAAACCCCUUCAAACAACGUUGUUGAAUACGGCUCCAACCAAACGAACGGUCGUCAAGAGAAAAUCUAGUUUUCUUGGUUUAGUUUGUUUGUUAUGUAUAUUUAUAGCGAACAAGCUGUACCAACUAGAGCGUUUUACAUUUACUUUUUCUAGGUCUUGGUGUUAUACUAUUACGUCAAACUAUUUUUUUUAUUUUGAUGCAUAAUAUUUCUUCUAAAUUGUACUAAAAUAUUAUUUUUUUAAAUUAAAGAAAAAUUGUCUCUUUUUCUCCUACGAAGUUUGGUUUUUAUUUUUUUUUAUCCUAGUUUUAUGAUUUUAAAUGAAAUAUUUUAAAUUUACUUGCUCGAAUGCCCAAUUUUGAUACAAUUCAUUUCUGUCCUUGUGUUUUGUUACGUCACAAUAUACAUAGUCAUAUUUCGUUUUGA